AUGAAGGACGCGUCAUUUGUGGAUUGUCUCUUUGUGGGCCUCAUGGCCUCUUUUGUUGUGGCCACUGAGGUGAGGCCUGACUGCCCAAAGCUCUGCAUAUGUGAAAUCAGACCCUGGUUUUCUCCCAAUUCAGUGUACAUGGAGGUCCAGACGGUCGACUGUAAUGAUUUGGGACUGUUCAGCCUUCCAGAAAGAUUACCAUUGGGCACACAAGUGCUAUUACUUCAAACAAACAAUGUUGCCAAGAUUGACAAACCUUUGGAUUACCUGGCCAAUAUCACAGAAAUAGAUAUUUCGCAAAACAACUUGUCAUCCAUCAGCGACAUCCAUCUGGGCAAUCUUUCUCAGCUGGUAUCCCUUCAUAUGGAGGAGAACUGGAUGCGCGAGCUGCCUGAAAGGUGUCUGUCGGACGUGCCCAACCUCCAGGAGCUCUACAUGAAUCACAACCUCAUCUCGUUCAUUUCCUCACAGGCUUUCCACGGCCUGAGCAACCUGGUGCGGCUCCACCUCAACUCCAACAAGCUGACGGUUAUCAAGAGAGAGUGGUUUGAACCCAUGCCAAACCUGGAGAUCCUCAUGAUUGGCGAAAAUCCAGUUCUGUCCAUCGAUAACAUGAACUUUAAGCCUCUCAGAAACCUCCGCAGUCUUGUUCUGACCAGAAUGAACCUGUCUCAACUGCCGGAUAACGCGCUGGCUGGCCUCGACAACUUGGAGAGCAUCUCUUUUUAUGAUAAUAUUUUCUCUGAGGUGCCUCAUGCCGCCCUAAGAAUUUCUAAAAGUCUUAAGUUUUUGGAUCUUAACAAAAACCCGAUUUCCAGGAUACAGAGAGGGGACUUUGUGGAUAUGCUUCACCUGAAGGAACUGGGAAUAAAUAGCAUGCCAGAACUAGUGUCCAUUGACAGCUUUGCCCUCAACAAUCUUCCCGAGCUGACCAAAAUUGAAGCUACCAACAAUCCUAAACUCUCCUACAUCCACCCUAAUGCGUUUUACAAGCUCCCCCGGUUGGAGACCCUCAUGCUGAACGGCAACGCUCUGAGCGCCCUCCAUAGGAUUACCGUGGAAUCUCUGCCGAAUCUCAGAGAGGUCAGCAUGCACAGCAACCCCAUCCGCUGCGACUGCGUCGUUCGCUGGAUGAACAUGAACAAAACCAACAUUCGCUUCAUGGAGCCCGAUUCGCUGUACUGCGUAGAGCCCCCGGAGUACGAGGGCCAGCACGUCCGGCAGGUGCACUUCAGGGAGAUGAUGGAGAUUUGUCUGCCUCUGAUAUCACCGGAAAGCAUGCCUAACCACAUUAAAGCGCAGAACGGGAGCUCUGUUUCACUGCACUGUCGGGCCUUUGCCGAACCGGAGCCCGACAUCUACUGGAUCACCCCGUCUGGCACCAGGGUCUUGCCCAACACGGUGUCCGACAAGUUCUACAUGCACCCAGAGGGAACCUUCGACAUCUACGACAUCACGGAAAAGGAAGCUGGCGUCUACACGUGCGUGGCCCAUAACCUGGUUGGAGCGGAUCUUAAAACAGUCUCAGUGGAGGUGGACGGAUAUUUUCCCCAGCCGACGAAUAAGUCUCUGAGAGUUACAGUCAAAUCGGUGGAGACGAAUUCCAUUCUGGUCUCCUGGAAGGCGGGCCCCGGCACCCUGGCGCCAAACAUUAAAUGGUACACCGUAUCAGACGCCAACCAUCCCACCACAGCAUCAACCACCAGGUUCCCCUCAGACGUCCGGGUUUACAACCUCACCCAUCUCAGCCCCGCCACUCAGUACAAAAUAUGUGUGGAUAUCCGCAGCAUCCACUACAACCAUGACACCAAAUGCGUCAAUGUCACCACUAAGGGAUUAGAGCUGGCAGCCAAGGACGCAGAAAAAUGGGAUGCAGCAGUAAUAACUGCCUUCGGAGUGCUCUUGGCUGUGAUUUCAGUGGCCUGUCUGUUUACUUAUGCGUCUCUGAGGAACCACCACACUUUUGGGGAUAUAAGGAAAUGCGACUCCAAGGCUUUGCUGACACCAGUGGAAGCCGCUGGCGUGCACGCUUCUCUCUUCACCAAGCUGUGGGUUUCGGGUAAGGGACUGCCGAACGGAGUGGAAGUCAAAGCCACAGUCAUAAACGUAUCUGACAAUGCUUUUUAA